AUGCCCGAUCCAACCGACAUCCCCACCUUUGCCUCCUUGCAGCUUCUCCUCCUCGACGCCGAACUCCAAGCCGAACUCUCGGAAACCAAUGCCCUGCUCUCGUCCCACACUCCGUCCGCGCUCUCACGUGCCGGUCUCGCAAUCCUGAACCUUAAUGUGUCUUCUAUACGGACAGGGCUGGGCGGCAAGACCGUCGUCGAGCUUGGACUAGACUCGGCUGUCGUCGCUAAAGGCGAUAAACCGGAUAUCCCCGAGCACGGUAUACGCGUGGGUGAUAUCGUGGGGGUGCAGGAGCAGCCGAGUGGGAGUGCGAAGAAGGCGGAGAAGAGAGAAGGGGCAAAGAAGGGUGCCGAGGGCGUGGUGUUGAAGGUGAGGAGGGAGAAUGUCGAGGUUGUGUUGGACAAGGAGGAUGGGGAGGUGCCGAGUGCAGGCAAGCUUUGGAUGGGAGCUGAUGUGUGCGUUAGAGUCAAGCUGGCGAACGACGUUACUUACAAGAGGAUGAACCAGACUAUGACCAGGCUCCAGAAGUUCAGCGAUCAGGAGUACACGCCGUUCAUGCGCGUGCUGUUUGGUCAAGCUUCGCCCACGCCUUUGCCACCAGACCUCAACGACCCUUCAAACCCUCUCCACAAGCUCGAAUGGAACGAUCCAAGCCUAAAUGAUAGCCAACAAGAGGCCAUCAGAUUUGCACUUGCGUCUCGAGAAGUUGCCCUAAUACAUGGCCCACCAGGGACAGGAAAGACGCACACCCUCAUUGAGCUUAUCCUACAAUUGCUGAAGCAAAAGUUGCGCCUUCUCGUCUGUGGCCCGUCAAACAUAUCAGUCGACAACAUUGUCGAGCGCUUAGCUUCGCACAAGGUGCCCAUGGUGCGCUUGGGACAUCCCGCGCGGCUACUCCCCUCCGUGCUCAACCAUUCGCUAGAUGUCCUUACACGAACAUCGGAAGCUGCAGCACUUGUACAAGAUGUCCGGAAAGAGAUGGACGACAAGCAAAAUUCUAUUCGCAAGACUCGCAAUGCCAAAGAGCGUCGCCAGGUCUACACUGAGCUGAAAGAGCUCCGAAAAGAGUACAGAGAGCGAGAGAGAGGCUGCGUGAAUAACCUUGUCAGUGGAAGCAAAGUCGUUCUAGCCACACUGCAUGGCGCUGGUGGUUUCCAUCUCAAAGGUCAAGAGUUUGACGUUGUCAUUGUAGAUGAGGCUAGCCAGGCAUUGGAAGCACAAUGUUGGGUCCCGCUGCUAUGGGUCAAGGCGAAUAAGCUAGUGCUUGCUGGCGACCACCUACAACUGCCACCCACUAUAAAGUCCUUGAACUCGAAGGAGUCUAAGGCAGCGAAGAGUAAGAAAACGGAAGAAGGCGCAAAGAAUGCCGAAGCUCCGGCGAAACCGGUGAAUGGCAUGACAUUGGAGACGACGCUAUUUGACCGUUUACUUGCACUACACGGGCCGUCUAUCAAGCGCAUGCUAACAACGCAAUAUCGGAUGCAUGAGAAGAUUAUGCGGUUCCCCUCUGACGAGCUAUACGAGUCGAAACUUGUGGCUGCAGAUUUCGUCAAGGACCGGUUACUCAACGGCCUGCCGUACGAUGUCAAGGAUACCGAGGAUACACAAGAGCCUUUGGUGUUUUGGGACACGCAAGGCGGUGAUUUCCCAGAGAAGACGGAAGACGAUGCCGUGACUAAAGGCAGUAAAGGCAUGAGUCUCGGCGACAGCAAGUCAAAUGAAGCCGAAGCUGCAUUGGUGAAGCUGCACGUCAAUCAUCUAAUCGAAGCCGGCGUCAAAGCAGAAGACAUUGCCGUAGUUACGCCAUACAAUGCGCAGGUACAACUCGGAUCUGUCGAUGGCUUCCAGGGUCGCGAAAAGGAAGCUGUCAUCACUUGGUACCCCUCACGUACCACGCCAUUGGGUACCGUCGCACAAGACGCCAUGCAUGCUAACGUGCAUCUCAGGGGCAGCAGGUUCCUCAAGUCGUGGAUGGAGUUUCUCGAAGAGAAUGCUGAUUUGAGGUACCCGAAUUUGGCGGAUGUCUACGUGGACGAACAGAAUGCAUGA